AUGGACCUCGUCGACCCGGCCACCGGCCGCCCCCUCCCCAGCGACGCCAUCCAGCGCGUCCUCUUCGUCGCCAACACCGUCCACGUAUACAACAUCCCCCCGCUCACCUCCAUGCGCGGCCACAGCGCGACCGCCUGGACCGCCGACCCAGCGCGCCACAUCUUCACUGCGCGCCUGCGCGUCAUCGAGACCUCCUCUUCCUCCUCCUCCUUCGAGCCGCUAUCCACUUCCUCUUCGCCAACACCAUCAUCAUCAUCAGGCUCGCCCUCGUCGCACCUUAAAGUCGACCUCGUCCUCGAAGACACCUCCUCGCCCUCCACGCCGCAGCUCUUCGCCGCCGCGCCCUACACGCACCCCUCCGCCGUCGAGCCCGUCGUCGACAGCAGCCGCUUCUUCGCCAUCACCGUGCGCGACGACCAGGGCCGCAAGGCCGUCCUCGGCAUUGGCUUCGAGGACCGCUCCGAUGCGUUUGAUCUGGCUGUUGCGCUGCAGGAGGCGCGGCGCGGGCUGGGCCUCGACGCCGAUGCGCAAAAGGGCGGACAGCGCGGCGCUGGUGUCGGCGCCGACGCGGCCGGCGAGGGCAAGGACAAGGAGCCUGUCAAGGACUACAGCCUCAAGGAGGGCGAGACCAUCACCGUCAACCUCGGCUCCAAGUUUGGGCGGAGGCGGCCGCAGCAGCAGGAGCAGCAGCAAGCCGAGUCGGCGUCCCUCCAGUCUUUUGCGCUGGCACCUCCUCCGUCAUCAUCAUCCUCGGCACAGACGGGCGAUGCGGCCGCGGGCGGCUUCGCACUGCCCCCUCCUCCGACCGCCGAAGACGUCAAGCGCAAGAGGAGGUCGCUGCGCGACCUUGGCUUCGACGAUGGCCAGUUUGGAGAGUUUGCAUAA